AUGUUUGGCCGGAAAGGAGAUGUCAUUGCUUCUUUGCUCAGCCAUACCCGUCAGACCCGCAUCAAUGAUUGUCGCAGCAUGAAAGUGCUCGAUGAGCAGGUGACGGAUUAUGAAGGCGAAGAUUGUUACCUCUUCCAGGCGAUUCCCAAACCGGAAUACCGUUCGGAAGUUGUGUAUAACGAGUUGUCUACCUGGUUCCGUAAAACGGAUUAUUCUAUUGUAGCGCGCGAUUAUUCGCUGAGUUAUAAAGCUGGUGUUUAUGACUUUGAUGUGCGGAUGAAGGUACGGUUGCUGCAGGUAGCUGAUGUCGAAAAAAGGAUCGAGGUAUUGCAGGAAGAUGCACGCCUGAAUACAAAGGAGAUAGCUGGUAAGGUAGGGCUGAGCGUCACGCCUACUUAUGAGCGCCUGAAAAAGAUUGAAAAGUCGGGGUUACAUUCGCUGCCGCUGCUGAAAAAGUUUGAGGCGGCGAUGCUGGAUAUCCGGGAAGUGAUGGAAUGUCACCACGUGGCAGGCACGUACGAUUACCUGUUAAAGGUGGUCGUAAAAGACAUGCAUGAAUACCAGGAUUUUCUUACGAAUAAACUGGCUGCUAUUGAGAAUAUAGCUACUGUUCACAGCGUGUUUGUAAUGACGGAGAUCAAGCACAAUACGGUGUACCAGAUCGAUUAG